AGAAAUACACCAAUCGCAUGCUAAUGCGGAACGUCAUAUAUAUGUUGCCACGUUUUCACACUAGGUAUGCGAUUGGUCCAUUUUUACAGGCAUAAAUAAUGCAUAUAAAUUCGUUCAUUAAUUAUUGCACUAUUAUUCGCUCUUAUAUAACAAUGUAACGCCUCCGACAAGUUGUAGAUUCAAUUUAAUCUCAUUGGCGCGAAAGCUGUCACGGCUGACUCUUGAUAAUCAGUUUUAUCGUUAUCGACCAAUUGCUGCGAGUUCGUCAUCGGAUAUACAAUUCUGAGUAAUUUAUAUAUUCGUCGUGUGACAAGAAAGUGCUUGUAUUACUCAGUUUUAGUCAAGAAAAAUGAACACAGAACAUUUGUUUGUCGAAUCAGUAGAGAUACUGCGAAACACUCUGCCGCAUUAUCACACCUUGCUGGAAGCGAUUCUUGUGUUCGGGAUAGUGUGGUUUAUUUCUAAGAAAAGGAUACCGAGACACGAUUCGGCGAUCUCGGAGCAGUUGGUUGAGAACAAAUUGGCGAACUGGCGACCGGAGUCCCUCGUGCCGGAGCCACCGCAGGAUCAUCCCUCACUGAAUCCCAGACGCGUCACCUCCAAAGUCGGGAAAUGGGUGACAGUUGAUGGUAAGGAUUGCCUUAACCUAGGUACGCAUAACUACUUGGGUCUGUGUGGCAACGCAGAGCUGACGGAAACCGCCAUGGCGACUAUAAAGAAAUACGGCGUUGGAUCAUGUGGACCACGAGGCUUCUAUGGUACCACUGAUAUACACCUCGAAUUGGAGGAUCGUUUGGCUAAAUUCAUGGGUCUGGAGGAAGCGAUAAUAUACUCCUAUGGGUUUGCCACCUUAGCGUCCGCAAUCCCGGCUUAUUGCAAGCGUAACGACUUGAUAUUUGUGGACGAGCAAGUAAAUUUCGCUGUACAGAAAGGACUGGACGCUUCACGAGGAAAGAUCCAGUUCUUCAAACACAAUGACGUUCAGGAUCUACAUAAUCUCCUGAUGAAACAGGACGAGGUAGACCGAAAGUAUCCAAAAAAAGCUGCAAAGAUCAAACGUUUUUUGAUUGUAGAAGGUAUUUACAUGAACACUGGAAACAUCUGUCCAUUACCAGAAUUAUUGGAUCUUUGUAGAAAAUAUAAAUUGAGAAUUUUCAUCGACGAGUCGAUAUCGUUUGGUACAAUUGGUCCAUGUGGAAGAGGCAUCACGGAAUAUCACAACAUUCCUGCCAGUGAAAUUGACAUGAUAAUGGGAUCUUUAGAGUGUGCUAUAGGAACUAUUGGAGGUUUUUGCGUGGGUACAUCCUUCAUCAUUGAUCAUCAACGUUUAUCUGGUCUUGGCUACUGUUUCUCAGCAUCUCAGCCACCUCUCUUGGCAUCCGCGGCAAUCACUUCUUUAAAUAAGAUUGAAAAUAAUUUGGAAAUAUUUCAAUCUCUAAGAAAUAAUGCUUUAUUGAUAGACAAUGGUCUAAAAAAAAUCCCGAUGUUAGAAUGCACUAGUUCCCCAGAAUCGCCUUUGAAACAUGUGUAUCUGAAGGGACAGAAAGAUCGUACCAUCGAAGAAAAAUUAUUAACUGCUAUUUCUAAUAAAUGUAUAGAAAAUAAUUUAGCUAUUAUACUGCCUGCCUACUUGGAGGCGGAAAGAAUUCUGCCUAGACCUAGUUUUAGGCUUUGUGUAUCUGCUAAUCUAGAUAACAGUGAUAUUGAGUUUGCACUAAAGACUUUGAAAAAAUGCACAGAAGAAGUUUUGUUGUAUCAUUUUUUUUUACAAGUGAAAUAAACGAAUGUUGAAAGAGAUAUAUUUAGAAACCUAGUGAUCUUGUAUAUUUGUAGAAAUGUAUAUCUAAUAUUUAUAUAUAUCUUAAUUCAUCUAAGUAAAUACUCUUUUGUACAAAAUAAAAAUUAAAAUAAAAGAUUACAAAAUUACAA